AGCAUUCUGUGUUACCGAGCUACAGUUCACCCUGUAGGCCUUUGGUGUCGUUUGACAGUAUGACAUUACAAUCGUAUUUACACCCCGGCAGAACAGAGCCUACAGAGGAGAGACAGACAGCAGUGCUCCUAGUUUCCGUCAGGAAUUAUUUGUAUUUAAAGUGGUUUGUUUUCAGGUUGUCGCCUACAGUCUCGUCUCCUGGUUGCCACAACUGAAGCGGCGCUUGGCAGCACAGUCGUAGGUGGAGAAAAGCUGCCAGGAGAGGAAUUUUAACUGCAUCGUGUCCUCCUGCAGGAGCAUUUUAAAGCUCCCAGUAGGCUCAUUAGGACGGACAUGGCCGAUACUUUGAGGAGACUGACCCACACAUCCCCUUUCAGCGUCCUGCAGGACAAACUUGAGAGCUGGCACAGAGAUUACCAUGUUAUUUCCUGUGACAACAAUCUAAAUAGAUGCUGUGAACUGAUUGAACUAACCGCAAAGGUCCAAGGUCAACUGUUUACCAUCCUUAACCACACAGCUGCUGAAGGUGGACACUAUGCUGGAGUAGACACUCUCAAAACUCGCCUGCUGCCGUGGCUUGGAACCUGUUUCUCCAUGGCCAGGCCCGUGGUCUCUGAUGACACCAGUCUGCAGCUCUUCCAGGAUUCAGUUGAAAAGGACCGAAGGAUCAGGGAGCUCUCUGCCUCCCUUGACAGUGACAUACAGAGGAAGGACACCGAGCUGUGCUCCACUCGCCUGCAGUUGGACUCCAUGAGAGCAGAAUUGGUCGAUACUCAGCAGGAACUGGAUGUCACAAAGAGAGAGUCAGCAACUACUCUGCUGGCAACUGAAGAAGAAAUAUUGCAACUGAAAGCAGAUUUGAGAUCCGCACAUGAGCAAGUGGAGAGUUAUCAAAGAAAGAUGGCGGCCUUCAUUGAUUAUGAGCGGCAGAUUCGCCUGCUCAAAGAUGAAGUGUCUUACCUGAGCACAGACAAGACCGUGCUGCAGGAGAGGUUGGUGAGGAGUCGUUCUCCGAGCCCCUUGCCGAGGCUCAGUCGCUCUUCCAGCCCGAUGAGGAGCGAGUCGCCCACCAGAGCGCAGCUCACCAACUCCUCCCGCUACGCACGCCUCAUAUCACGCUUCAAUGACCUGUACGCGGUGGAGCGGCUGGAGGCCCAGGUCAUUCUUCGACGCCACAUUGAUGACGUGGAGAUGGUCCAGAAAAUCAUCUUCAUUGCCGUCGUGGAAUCCUUUAAGACAGCAAAACUGGCUUACCGUCAGUUCAAGCUACGAGUGAGAAAGACAUUGUCCCCGCACUUUGGGUUAGAGUACCUGGAGGAUGCAGCAGUGGACUACAUCGUCAGAAACCUGGACCUCUACGACAUUCAGGCCAGCAUCAAUGAUGUGAUCAAUGCCAUGAAUGUGAACCCUCGGAUCUCUUUUCCGCCAGAGGUGGACUUUUUCCUCAUCAGUACCUUGAUCAGGGAGAUGUGCAGGGUGGCGUUUGCCAUGCAGACACUGGAGCCCCCGCUUGACUUUUCCUUUGCCAGCGAUGGAGAACUUUACAACGACCGCAAGUAUCGCCGUAGCUAUGACUCUGAGCUAACUGCUCCUCUGGUGAUGUACCAUGUGUGGCCUUCCCUGUUGGAAGGAGAUGCUGUGGUAGUGAAGGGCGAGGCUGUGACAAGAAGGGGUGCUGUGUGGAGUAGAAGCAGGAGCACCAGCCCCGUGCGCUCUCGCUCACUCAGCCCAACUCGCAGUCUUGCCUUUCUUAAAAAAAGAAGCCUGUCUCCUGGACGUCUCAGAGCGAGUCACCUGUGAUCUCCGACCUCUCUAAAGUAUUAUUAUUUGUAUAUUCACACUUGUGCUCACACCAAAUAAAGCAAUGAAUUCCUCAGAGACUCAACCACCCAAAGGCUUUGCAGAGUUUACAAAUCUGGGGCAUUUUGAUUGGACUUUGAGGUACAUGAUGUCAGUACCUGUAGAUUAUAGAUAAAGCAAAAGCAGUGUGGCAGAUUACUGAGCAUUCGUCUUAAUUGACUAUAUUAACUCUAAGAUAGUAUUAACAGUAUUUUAUUAAUAGUUAGAAACCUUAAAGUGCAUUUUUCAGAGGGAAACUAGUCCUGCAGCACUUUCUUUGCCUUACAGAUGCAUUGAGAAAAACAUAUUCAGCCUUUACUCCUCUCUUUGCUUUUGACCAAAAGUCUAAGCGAAAUUCUUUAAGCGUAUUGCAGGACAUAUGGUGCUUAUGACCGGUGCUAACUCCUCCAGUACUUGAGUGACAGAUUAUUGGUUCUUGUGAUUUUUUGUGUCAAUUGUUGCAGUGUUUUUUUUACUUCUUAUUUUCCUCUUUUGGUGCUGCUUUGUAUUCUGGACUUUUGUUUGAGAUAAAUGAAUAGUAAAAUCAUAUGUUUAUGACAGGAAUAGCGUUAGUUAUUGUGAACAAGAAUAGGACCGGUAGCUAGUCAGCAUGAAUUCAAUAUGACACUUAUUUAACAUUUACAACUUUUUAUCUCUUUAAUCGAUUAACAAAUAUAGUUGAUACAGUUGAAUUAAUACAUGUUGAUUUCACUAUGAUUUGAUUUGAGUUGUUUGACGACUAUAUGUAUAGACCGUGCCUUUUGUGAUUGAUUGCUUUUUUAAAGAUGAAAUGACAAACCUUUAGUUUCCUGCAAAGGCUGUUUUUUUUUUGUUAAUUCUGUCUUUUUUUUGCUAUUGAUUAUUUGUU